AUAAUCAUGUGAAAAGCCGUACAAAAGUUAGAAUCGAAUCGAAAAGAGAAAAUCAAGGCGAAUGUUGCAAUCAUUUUGCCUGAUAUUGCUGGCAACCGGUGCCAGCAGCAGCUACAACAUAUUCAAAGAGAAAUUCAACGAGCAGCUGGUCACAUAUUUGCACGUUGGCAAGCCGCAGGUGCAGGACGCCCUGACGCUGCUCCAGACGGUCUAUUCGCAGAAUCGCAUACACAUCUAUUGCCGGCGCGAUCAGCCGCUGCGUUUGCGCAACAUCUUCCAGAGCAAUCGGCUGCAGCUGAUCACCAAGGCGCCCAACGUGGACUAUGUGCAGUACAGGGCGUCCACGGCACAGGGUGUUUACGAGGCGCAUCUGCAGCGCCGCGAAUGCCACGAGGGCAAACUGCUGGCGGCAGGUGUACAGCAGGUGCGCUACAUAACGCUGCCGGCGCAUGCGCACGCCUGCUAUGGCAUCUACACGGAUCAGGCCUACAAUUUGACCCUGCUGCAGGUGCGCUGCGACAGGGAGCGUGUGGCGCGCUUCGUCCUGGGCCUGGGGCUCUGGCUGGCCGAAACCUUCACGCCGCUGGGCGAGACCAUAUUCUGUGUCUAUGCCGUGGCCAUUGCGCUGGGCAUCCAUUUGGCCAGCGUGGGCGCCGUUUGUUUAGCUCUGCUGUCUCGCGGAGAUCGCAAAUUGAACUAUUUGCGUCCAGUGGGCGCCAAUUUCAAGCUUGUGCUCGAGCAACAUCCGACGGGCGUGUUGCUGGCCUUGAUCGCCGGUGCCUGGCUGCUGUUCAAUGCCUGUCGGCAACAUCGCGACCUCUGGCAACAUCGCAAAGUGCGUCGCUUCCAUUGUCGGCUGUUGCGACUGCUUGCGUAUGUGCUCAUCGGAGGCGCCUCGAAUCAUCCGCGCUUCGGCUGGUAUUGCGUAUGCCUGCUGCUGCCCUGGCCGGAGCUGUAUUGGCUGCUGUGCUGGCUGCGUCUGGAGGCGGUUAAGAUACAGCGUCAGGUGUUGCCGCCGCAGCCGCGGCGUUUGCUCAGCGAGCGCGAGUUUCUGGCCCAAGCGGGCUACGAGACGCAGCGUGCCUUGGGCAACAUGCGACAGCGUCUGCGCGUCGCUUCGCCCAGCUGGGAGCAGUUGGCGCAAUUACAGGCGCCGCAGCAGUUCGCACAGUUCCUCAGCUCCGGGGCCUACGAGGUCGAGAACCCGAGGACAUGGAACGACCACGCUUUGCACACCACCAACAACAACAACAGCAACAACAAUGUCAGCAACAGGCAGCUGCAGACCUUGGAUGAGUCGCAGCAGGCAGAAGCUGUUAUGCUGCAGCAUCUGGCAGCUGUUAUGAACAGCGACUCGAACAUGUCCAAUGCCAUUAGCUCCUCCUCGACUGAAUCGAUCUAUCACAAUCUGCACUUUACGGGCUCGACGCGCAGCCUGCGGGGCGACUGAACGGAACUGUUCUCAAACUAA